GGAGAGAGAAAGCGAAGGGAGAGGGGAGAGGAGAGCGGAACGCGCGGGUGAAAAGAGACGCUUCCCUGAGCUACUUUGGAGAACCAACGUCAGGCUUGACACUGAGUGAUGACCGUGGAGAGACGGGAAUAAAAACGCGGAAUAAAACACACACCGAGAGAGGGAGGAGGGGGAAGAGCUCGUAGAUACCUGCGCGUCUCCGAUCCGGCCGCAGGUGCGCUACAAUCCCUGCGAAGGGAGAGUUAUUUUGUCCGGAGCUGGAAGUGAGAUAACAAGACAUCUCCCAGGUAUAAUUUCUCCGGUCUCAUCUGUGUUUCAGUCACUCUGAAAGCAAACUUUCUUAGCUUUUUCCACACGUCUGCAUCCACAUUGUAACUGGUGGACACUUAGACUGUUUCCAAACGCGGAUUACACUGGACAGCAUUAGAAAAGGAGAAUUCCUCUAAACUUCUGUCUUGUUGUUUGGCGAAACGGAGUCUUCUCAUCCUAUCCGUGUUUCUUUUUAAUGCUGAUGAAGAGGACAAUGCCUGGAUUAUUAACACCGCUGCCUAACCUGCCCCGGGGAGGAGGGGAAGAGUGAAGGAAGCAGAGAGAAGAAGAAGCAGAGGAGAAGAAAGAAGAAGAAGAAGAAGAAGAAGAAGAAGAAGAAGAAGAAGAAGAAGAAGAAGAAGAAGAAGAAGAAGAAGAAGAAGAAGAAGAAGAAGAAGAAGAAGAAGAAGAAGUCGGUGGCGUUUGGCUGCCGUUCACUACUUCGAUUGUACCUUUGCCGCUCGUUUUCCCCAACCUAUUUUUACUGGAUACACGGACACACACCAAGAGACGCACGGGGAGGACCUGCGAUCACACCCUGGGCCAGUGGGAGGGGACUGUCUGAAGAAAUGCCGGUCUCAGGUGCCCUAGUACAUCACCACCUGGACCAUGGCAACUCCUUGGCCGAUGAGAAAAGAGAGGUGCUCCCAUGGCUCCGCCUGCCUUGCUAGAUGGUCGGCGUCCUCUUUGAUGCUCCUAUGGUUGCCCUGGGUGUUGCUAUGGACGCCGUGGUCCACCCGAGCUGAACAAGUGGGUGGCGCGGUACACGGUGGGAAGGUGUCACACAGUUCCUUGUCAUCAUCCUCGUCCGCAUCAUCGUCCUCGUCCCCGUCCGGCUCCUCGGCGCUGGGCUUCAACACGAGGCAGAGCGGGGGGCAGCUGGACUGGCUGCUGUCGGAGAAGGGACCUUUCCACAGAUGUCCAGAGUACACAGAGUUCAGAGAGAGGUUCCAGCAGGGAUUUUCUACCAGAUACAAGAUUUACAGGGAGUUCAGCCACUGGAAGGUGAACAGCCUGGCAACAGAGAAGAGAGAUUUCCUCAAAGCUCCGUUGCCCUUAGCGCCAGAGUUCCUGCGAAACCUGCGGUUACUGGGGCGACGGCCAACCCUGCAGCAAAUCAACGAAAACCUCAUCAAGAAGUACGGGACGCACUUCCUCGUCUCUGCUACCCUGGGAGGAGAGGAGUCCUUGACCAUUUUCCUGGACAAGCAGAAGCUGAAUAAGAAGUCGGAGGGUAGCAGCAACAGCUCAGUGGUGUCUCUAGAGCUGCUCCAUCAGCUGGCUGCUUCUUACUUCACAGAUCGAGAGAGCACCCUUAGGCGACUGCACCACCUCCAGAUUGCCACCUCUGCUAUAAAGGUAACUGAAACAAGGACGGGCCCUCUCGGCUGCAGUAACUACGACAGCUUGGAUUCAGUUAGCUCGGUGUUGGUGCACAGCCCGGAAAAUAAGAUCCACCUAAAGGGCUUGCAAGAUGUCCUGCCAGAGUUCCUGCGUGAGCGUUUUGUGGAGGCAGCCCUCAGCUAUGUGGCAUGCAACUCAGAGGGCGAGUUGCUCUGCCGCAACAACGACUGCUGGUGCCGCUGCUCGCCCCGCUUCCCAGAGUGCAACUGUCCCUUCGCUGACAUCAAGGUCAUGGAGGCGAACCUGGAGAAGAGCAAAGGGGCCUGGCAGGGCUUAAACCAAGAUUUCAUGGAUUCAGAUGAAUUCAAAGCCCUCAUGAAGCGCUUGCCCACUGACCGGUUUUUGAAUGUGUCCAUGAUUGCCAAGUCCUGGGUGGCUGACUUGUCUCUGCAGAAGCGCUACGCCCAGCUGGAGUCCAGCUCUGCCCUGGUUCUGAGUAAAGCCCAGAAGAUCGUCAGGAAACUGUUCACCCUGAGCAAACGCUGCCCAAAACAUCCUCGCAUCAGUCUGCCCAGAGAAAGGCCUGUUGGGUUUUGGUGGAACCGGGCUCAGUCCCUGCUCUACUGCAAUGAGCACGGCAUUCUGGGCUCGUUCUUUGAGGAAGUGAAGAGCUGCAUCUGCCCUGGGGAGCAGCCCACCUGCCAGGGAGUCGUCCCCUGCGUUGUGGGCACCUCCUCCACCUCCUGCUCCUCCUGUGCCACUGACAACACAACCCGUUGCGGAUCCUGUCACCACGGCAACCUCCUCCAUCUUGGUUCUUGCCGGCCGAGCAUCUCAGCAUCCCUGGACCACUAUCUGAACUUUGACCUGGACAUGCCUGAUGCUGAGGCGAAGCACCUCCUUCAGCGACUGGACAGCAAAAUUGAAGUCCAUGCCAUUUACAUCAGCAACGACGUUCGUCUGGGAAGUUGGUUCAAUCCUGCCUGGAGGAAGAGAAUGUUGCUGACACUAAAGAGUAACAAAAAUAAGUCAAAUCUUAUACACAUGCUGAUGGGCAUUUCAUUCCAGAUAUGUUUGACUAAGAAUUCAACACUGGAGCCCGUGCCUGCAAUUUAUGUCAAUCCUUAUGGGGGAAGUCACUCAGAGAGCUGGUUCAUGCCAGUCAACCAGCCUGACUUCCCUGACUGGGAGAGAACUCGAUUGGAUGCCGUCGCCACGGCACAGUGUUACAACUGGACGCUGUCUCUUGGCAACAAAUGGAAAUCCUUCUUUGAAACAGUGCACAUCUACCUGCGAAGCCGCAUACUCACAGAUGAUCCAACAGUGAAUGAAACUCUCUUCUAUGAGCCGUUGGACCUGGAUGACCAGACGUCCAACAUGGGGUAUAUGAAGAUCAACACGCUGAAAGUGUUUGGAUACAGCAUGCACUUUGACCCUGAAGGCAUCAAGGAUCUGAUUCUCCAGCUGGACUACCCCUACACGCAGGGUACGCAAGACGCUGCCUUUCAGAUGUUGUUGGAGAUGAGAAACCGGAUUAACCGGCUUUCUCCACCAGCACCGCAGCCACUGGACCUGUUUUCUUGUCUGUUGCGCCAUCGGCUGAAGCUGUCAGUUGGCGAGGUGGCUCGCAUCACGGACUCUCUGCAGAUGUUCAACUCCAAGCUCCCCAAUGCUUCACCUGAACCUGAACUGGCCCAACUCUGCAGCUAGCUAGCUUAGCACACAUCAGGUUCAGGAGUGAUGCUACCCAUACCAAGUGGAGUUGCUGCUUGACUGAGCAAGGGUGGUCCUUCUAAAUUAGCCUCUUGGACCCCAAUCCUCUGGAUUAACAGUACAUCCAACUGCAAAAGCCGACUGCUGGGCUUUUCUUUGGUUUCUCUUGGCUGAUGUUAUGUUCCGUCAUAUUUGUUAUCAGAAUUGCCAUCAGAGCACUUUGAUGAACAGUAGUCAUGUUGUGAGCUUUUGGAAAAACAGCUGAUAUCUGGACUCUCUUUUAGGAGCUCUGAAGUAGGAGCCUGGAGGCUUACCUUUGUUAUUACUGCCAUGCUUUUGGCUAACUGUACAACUGGAUGAAGUAAAGAGACUGUCUUACACCGACAGGUUGUUUGAUUCGGAACCUCAGAGAGCCGAUGUCAUUAAGCAUACCUAAGACAUCUGCCUUGCAAAGAUAAAGGCGGUUUUGAUAUGUAAAGAGGAACUCUUUGAUGGUCUUCAAAAAUGAGUAAAUGGAAGAGGAGAUAUCCCCUUUUCUAACCCUAUUUUAUUUGGCUAUAGAACAAUCUUAUGGGAAGGGAAAAUGGGAUAAUAUUAUAUAUGUGGUAAAUGAGUUGUUAUGUUAUGCUUAACAGUUUCAAAUUUGAUAAUCCUGAACCCUGUUACUGUCUUUGACUAUUUCUUUGUAAUCCCUGCCUCCAUUUUAUCUGGCAUUUGAAAACUUGUAAGUAUACUUAACAUCCGAGUGAGAAGCCUGUUAGUGAUGUUCUGUCCUUGGUGGUGUGUCUAUACCAAAAGAAGGUGAACACAUUGGCAAACUGAAUGGCAAAUAUCUUAAAUGUUGAGUUCUUUUUUUUUUAGCUGAAAUUCAUGAAAAAGUCUUCUGAUGUGCUAACAAAGAGCUCUGAGGAUAUAUCGCUGUAAAUAACGCUCCAUCUAACCCAAGGUGUGGACAAGUGCACAUUGCUUUUUAGAUAACUGAGUGCAAAGACCAAAAAAAUGUUUAUAACAAAACAAACUCAUGCCUUAUAUGGAGAGUCAAUGUUAAGAUAAGAAGCACAUUUCGUUUUUGUGUUUGAUUUCCCAGCGAAGGGUGUAUUGCUUUUUAUAUUUCAAUAUUUCUACCAAGACAGAACAACAGACACAUUCUCCAGAAUAGGUGGUAAUGUAUCUUUUCCAUGUAAAUGCCAGUCACACUUUCUGCAGUUACUUGUUUUGAUUUGGUGUUGUGAAGCUUUGAGUCACUAUUCACAGUGCACACCGCUAAUGUCAUACUGUAAUUGUUCUGCAAAAUCCUUCUAUCUCCAAUUAGACAAACUCUCAGUAACUGAUUGAACCUGGUGGAUUUCAUUAUGGUUUUAAAAGGUUUUCAAUGUUUUGGUUUAGUCUCAGGUCAAUUAAGCAUUUAAUUUUAAUUUUAAUGUGGGUCCAAUGUGAGCUGCCAGUUACCAAGGAGACUGGAGUUACAAGGUUUCUGCUCUUGAGAACUGAAAACUUACCAGGAUGAUACUUGAUAUGAUUCUACAUUUACUUCACUAACUUCUCACUGAAAGUCAUUAAACCUUGUAUGUCAUUUUCAGCAGUUCUUCUGUGCUCAGCUUGCUUAAGUAAAAACAAAGUGGUUUAUCUA